AAAAGGGCAUGUUUUUCGGAUGUGAAAGAACGCCUCCGCACUGCCGUGGCCUGCAUUCGAGUCCCUUACAAGAAGGGGGCCUCCACCUGCAACAGCAGCAUGGCGGAGGAGGCUGUGGAGUUGUGGCAGGCGUCAUGAAUCGCAGCGUCUUCUGGCUGCCAAGUCGCACGCUACAGACCUGCGUGCCCUGAACUUUGAUCAUAUAGGUUUGUUGGGCUGCCGGAUGACUUGACCUCCGGGCCCACCUUGGUGAAAACUGAGUUGAAUGCCUUGGAGAAUCAGGUCACCAAUCUGUGGCAGGUGCACCUUCAGGUUCUGCCAGCACUUGACAUGAGACGUGGAGGAAGCGAGACGUCGAUGGGAAGCGACGGUGAAAUCCGAUGCUUGAGAGUCAUGGAACUGGAUCGAUGCUUGUCCCGCCGAGCCGCAUGCUGCGCCGGUGCAGAACCGCGGCCGUGCCAAAGAGCUCUGGAAUCAAGGUCAACGCUGGAAAAUGGAGGUCAGCUGGAGCAACGCGGCCUUGUGAGAGCUGUUUUGUUCGCAUCUCCAAUUGGAUCGAAUUUGGAUGCCAGGACUUCGAUUCCGCUCGGACGACUUCUUCCGGUCGUCCGGUCGUGCGGAGGCUUUCCAGGGCACGAUGAUUCGGGUGGCAGACGGCAACAAAGUCGGGGAAAAGCACGAACCGGAGCUGCAGAAGAACAGGUCUGCAUGCCCAGAAGACACCACUUCUUUCCAUGGAGAAUGGAUGGGAGGCCGUGUUGCCAGAGUUCUUGCGUCGCUUUUCUGCUCGGCCACUAGCCCUGUGUGAUGGCACCGUGGAGGAGGCGCCCAACUGUGGAAGGCCAGAUGCUGAGCAGGCUGAACUCCAGCGCGUGCGGGCUGCGCGACCCUUGCUUCUCCAGAAAUGCAGUGCCGAUGACAUGAGUCUAGAUCAACUUGUCCGAGAGGGCUUGACUGCCGCAGAGCAAUCCUUUGUUAUCAAGAAGGUGUUCAGUUGCUCAUCUGGUGCAUCAGCAAAUGCAACGAGAAGACCUGGCCCGGUCAGAGUUCUUGGGAGCCGCAGACCGCGGCAACCCUUCCGCUGGCGAGCGCGGAGAAGCCUCCGCCCGCCGCCUUUGGCCUCCGAAUCCGACCAUGUGAUGAGCGCCGACGAGGUGGCCAGAGAAAUAGAAGAAAAGUUGCUCCGCCACCAGCGUCGAUUUUAUGAGCACUUGGUGCGAAGGUAUGAACUCUCUGCAGAGAAGAAACUCCAGAUGCCUGGCGGGCGUGCUGUCACUUGUGAGGCGGUGGCCCAGGCACGGCAAGCCAUGGAGUCCACGAUGGCAAACUUGGCAACGCAUACGCCGCCAAAGCGUUCGCACGACAUGGACGAGAAGACGCCUGAAGGCAAAGCAAAGCGCCCCAGAAUUGACAGCGAGGAUCAGGUGUUGGGCCCGCAGGACGUGUUUCACGACACAGUGGCCGAGGCUCCAAAGCCAAAAGCCAAGAGCCAGGAUGGGAGACAAAGCCAGGCCGAACAAAAACCUGCUAUGGUUAGCCAUAUCCAGCCCAGCCAAACUCAUGCUCCAAAGCCAAAAACCAAGAGCCAGGAGAGGGAGGUCCUGGAGGGCACGGGCAGAGAGAUGGAUCCACGACAGGCGCCGACCGCCUUGAAAGCUGAAGCUGCAGCGGUCACCAAGCAGGCCGAUAUGAUGGAAAGCCAGGCAAAGCACCGGGCCCCGCCGAUUGGCAGACUGAGUCUCGAGGCAGAGUCCCAAGACCAGAGCCUAGAAGGAGACAGCAGCGAGGACAGUGCUUGCAGUGAUGAAGAGGAGGAGAGGCCAGCGGUGGAUUCCGAUGAGGAGAUCAACAACCAAGGAGAGGAGAUUCAGCUAGAAGACGGAGAGGAGGAACGGCAGAACACCAAGCGACUGCGGUCCAAGACUUCUCCAUUGGUCUUGCUGGACUUUCCUGUGCCGAAGUAUUUAGACUACCCAGAUGAUGCCUGGCCCGCGGUGUGGAAGGGGCACGCUGCCCCAGAGCCCGGAGAGAAGGGCUUCAAUGAGUACGCGUUGAGCUCCAUAUCCCAGGUCCUCAACUUUUGGGAGAAUGGCAACCUCCGCGACUCACACCAAGUGUACCAGCAGACUCCGCUGGCAUGUGCGCACCCUUUAGCGCCUUGCAAGAGAUUGUUGGUGGACGCUCGGAUGGGAGCUGGGAAGACCAAAGUCUUGAUUUCCAUCCUGGAUGCCCAUUUCGAGGACCGCAGGAAGAAGCUGCCAAUCUUCCCGACCAAGGCAUUGGUGGAUGGAUUCAUGGAUGAGAUCCUCCGGUGGCCAAACAAGUACCGUAGCUACUUUGCUUUGAUGCAGCCGGAGCUAGCGGCAAGGGCUGUCCCUUUGCCAGCCACCCUCACCAUGGAAGAGUUGCGGGAAGCAUUGCAAAGCCACGAAGGCUGUGAGUGGAAGGUUCCUGCCGGGCAGGCAUCCGACCUUCGCCGCAGACUGCAGACAGAGCUGGAGAUGACCAAUGUCCGAAGAGAAACUGGCCAGAAAGUCUGCACAGUGAACCGUGGCCACCUCACCAGGACUUUCCGGCAAUGGUUUCAAAUGACGCACCCAGAGAAGCUCCACCUUCUCCCUGGAGCCCCCCUUCGUGCCAUGAACUUGACCACAGCAGGAGGCUCCUUUUCAGCCAAAAGGCCAAAUGGCGAAGCACGCCACCCAGUGGCGCAAUUCAUGUACAGCUUGGCCACGCAGAACUGCUUUGACAACUCGAUCGUGAUUGUGGAUGAGUUCCACCACCUGGUGAACCACUUUUGCAGCUCCAAGGUCAAGCUUCUGCCUCGCCAGCUGAUGACAGCCACGAACCUCACGCUUGUGGGUCUCACAGGCACGCCGCUGCCGGACAAUCCGAAAAUAGCUCCAGAAGGAUUGCCUGCCCAUCUCAGCCACCAGCGGUCCAGGUUGGAAGCAUUGCUGCUGGGGCGGCAUCCCAAGCUCCUGAAAGUCUUGGUCACGCUGUCAGCCUUCUCAGGCGUGCCAGUGUACAUGGUCGACUUUUGGUUCAGCAAAGGGCUACAAAGGCAACAGGCAGACGAGCGUUGUUUGGAAGGCCAUGUCACCUCCUACCAUGGGCCUCUUCCCGGUGCGUCGCCGCAACUCCUCGGUGGAACAGCGGCGGAAGUGUGCGAAGCAGCGCUGCAGUCAUGUGUUCCCUUGACGGCCAUCAUGGCCGCUCGCUACACCAAGAAGGUGGCGGAGCGGAAAGACGACCGGACGCUCCAAGCUUACACAAACCUGGAAGUCGCUGUAGGACACAUGCGACAGCCCAUGUUCGAGUGCCGCGCGUUGAAUUGCCCGGAGCAGUACGCAUCCAAGCUCCACCAUUUGGCAACGUAUAUGAGAGAUCGGAGCCGAUGCAAGACUGUGAUUUUGAUUCGCAAGAACACAGGCUACGAUUUCUUCUUGAAAUUGCUGCGCAACAUGUGUGGUGCUUUGUUCGGCAUUGCCACCUUGGACCAGAAGGCUGAGUUCAACUGCCGCCGCACGAACUUGCGCGGCGAGCAGUUCCGCGUGUUGGUGGCAGAGGCGUUGGAAGCGGGCGAAGGUUGCAGCUUUUUGAACGUCCGAGAACAGUGGUUGGUGGACGUCCCCCUGACAGCGACUGAAUUUGAGCAGUACAAGUCCCGUGUGGACCGCGCCGACAGUCAUGCUGGACUGCCACCUGGCGAGAGGACGGUCCAAGUCCGUUUGAUAUGCAGUUCUUUGCCGGAGGGGCUCGGAAACAACUUUUUGGGCAGCUAUUUCUGGCGAUCUGCCACAAGAAGCACCACUACCCUUCCGCCAGCUGGAUGGCAAAAGAUCUUGGACAAGGCGCGCAGAGCAGCAGAUUGCGCUGAGAAGCAUCUUGACUUAGAUCCUGCAGAUGCGGAUUGCUUGGCAGAUAUGCGAGCAAAUUUGGAGGACGAUGAUACGUCUGAUUCUUCAAGUGCUGAGCCACAUAGCUCCGUCCAGAAGGUGAAGAAGACCUUUGCAAAGCUGAGAUUCGACCGGUCGGUGAGCCAAAUCACCCACGCCUGUGCCAAACGGCUGGCUGUUGAAACCAUCGACCAGAAGGCUUGCCGGGUCCUUGCCAAGCGAUGCCGGCUAGUAAGUGUGGCCCACGAAAAGCUGAAGGCCAUAGCUAUGGAUCGACCAGUGAUCCAGCAACUGGGCCACAAUUGACCAAAGGUUGAUUUGCGGUAG